AUGGAUGGCAACCCAGAAGAUGAACGAAACCCAUUCGACGAACUCAGAUCAUCAUCCACCAUCACCCAGCUCGACAGCCACCCACUCAACGAACACUCCAUCCUAUCCAUCCUCACCCCCAACAGCAACAACCAACACAUCCUCACAGCCACCCACCCACUCCAACACAACCAGGAUGGCGGACCAGCUCAGAGUAUCAUGAUCGACAUCGACUGCCAACAACAGCAGCAGAUCAGAAACAAGAAAACAGCCCAAGAUGAAGACUACCACACCGAGAACUCAUCAUCACCAUCACCCUCACUCACCAGGCACCCAGAACAGGAACUGGAACAAGAACCGGAACAGGAGCACCCCUCUCGCUCCAUCCUACACGACCAUCGACCUAGCUCACUACUCCUACCCCCAAACCACCACAGGAGCACCCUCGAAGAACCAAACCAGACACCCUCCAGCAAUCCUUUCGGAUCCGGACUGCUCUCGAGGCUCAAACAGAUCUGGAACCAAGAACGCGACCGAUACCUCUCCUCAACCAGCAACAACAGCGAACUCAACUCAUUCUCUCACCACAAUCAACACAGCAACCACCCAGACCAGCAGCAGCAAAACCGAAACCACCCCGCUGGCCACCAGCCACUCGGCCCAAAGGAGAUGGCCCUCUGGAGAUGGGUCAACGUCGACGACCUCGACGAGUUCCUCCAGGACGUCUACAGCUACUACGUCGGAAACGGCAUCUGGGCGAUCGGCCUAUCCAGAUUAUCCAACCUAAUGACAGUCGGGUUCGUCAUCGGCUUCUCCAUCUUCCUCUUCGGCUGUAUCGACUACUCCAUCCUCAGAUCUAGCCACCAUCUCCACGAGGUUAUCGUCCCUCAAUGUGUCUCAAGAUUCUCAGGUCUCAGCUUGCUCUUGGUCUUGGCCUUCUCCGGAUAUUACUCCUGGAGAGUCUUGAAGUUUGGUCAGGAGAUUUCAAACCUCUGGAAGAUGCAUGAAUUCUUCACUGAAUUACUAGAAGUUUCAGAGGCAGAUAUCCAAACGAUUCCGUGGUACCGACUAGUAGAACAGCUGUCUCGGUUAAAAGACCAACAUCCAGCGACGAUAGCUACGGGAGAGAGCGAAGGCCGACGCCGUGCCAUCGGCACACCUCCUCACAUCCAAUCAGUUUUACAGAGGAAGCUGGAUGCCCACGACGUAGCCAACCAGAUCAUGCGCGAACAGAAUUAUCUGAUCGCGCUGUUCAACAGGGAUAUCUUGGACCUCAGGCCGCCUCUGCCCGGCUGGAUGGUCGGCAACUUGCUCAUCGCCGAGAAACAUCUAACCACCUCACUCGAAUGGAAUCUUCUCUUCUCCCUCCGCGGCUUUUUGCUCGAUCGCCGCGGUCAGGUCAAGCCCGAGUUUCUAGUCUCCUCCAGACUCGACCCUUCCAUGGCUCUCGGUUUACAGCGACGAUUCAGAUUGAUGGCGGUUAUCAACUUAAUCUUUGGUCCUUUCAUCGUCAUAUACGUUCUGAUCUACUCAUUUUUUCGAUACUUCGAAGAAUACCACAAAAAUCCAUCGUCGAUUGGCUCGAGAAGUUUUACCAGAUUGGCUCAAUGGAAGUUCCGAGAAUAUAACGAACUUCCUCAUCUGUUUCAGGAGAGAUUGGUGAGCAGUUAUUGUCUCUCGAAAAAAUAUAUCGACCAAUUUCCGAAGACGAAGACGACUAUCCUGGCGAAGUUUGUGAGCUUUAUUGCGGGCUCGUUUGCGGGCGUCUUGAUCGUCCUAUCGCUCUACGAUCCCGACGCAUUCUUGCACUUCGAGAUCACGCCGGAGCGAAGCGUGUUGUUCUACAUCGGCUUGUUUGGCUCAAUCCUGGCCAUCUCACGAGGAAUGAUCAAACAGGAGUACGAGGAGAAGAUCGAGCGACCGGGAGAACUGAUGGAACGGAUCGUAGGCCUAACCCACUAUUUACCUCCUCAUUGGUACGGUAAAUUGCAUGGACUGGAUGUCUACAACGACUUUGGACAGCUCUUCCAGCUGAGAAUCGUCAACUUCUUGAACGAACUCAUGAGUAUCUUGCUCACCCCUUUCAUUCUCUGGUACAACUUCGACCUCGACCGCUGCCAACGGAUCAUCGAGUUCUUUAGAGAAUUCACAAUCCAUGUUGAUGGGAUCGGUUACGUCUGUUCUUUCUCAGUCUUUGAUUUUAACAAGUUUGAGCUCGGCGGUUCACCUGGUCCAAGCAACAAUCAGCCCCGACAUCCAACAGACGUACGUCCUCCCGGCCAUCCGGCGGGGCAACAAGAGCGGCAGCAGCGGCAUCAGCCAGGGACGACAGCGGGUGUCCAGCAGAACGACAUCAACAAGAUGGAGCGAUCGCUCCUGAGUUUUGUCGCACACCAUCCGAACUGGGAGCCCUCGAACCAGACCGCGUCGCUGUAUCUCUCGAAAGCGAUUGGCUUCUCGACCGUCGCCGGCUCGCCCGUCCGCCACCGCCUCGUGCCUUCCGUCGGCAACAGCCACUACUUGCAACAACACCCACAGCAUAGGAACGGCUAUUUCGUAGCGCCUACCGGAGCACGCUCCCAUCUCGCCGGCCAACACUCGCUCCUCGUCGGCGAAAGCAUGUCCGGUCCUGCCAGCCACUCCUUCCUGAACUCCCGGCCGUCCCAGAUAGGCCUCCGCAGCCGGGCCAGUCGACCGGCCUCGCUUGGCCCGACCACCACGCCUUCCACGGGGAUGAUGGGCGUCGAAGCUAUCGACGAGGAAGACCCCUCCCUCCUCGCCCCUGCUCUCACUAACCAUCCUCCUGCUCAGCCACCAGUCCCGACCCCCCCUCACCCCCCACCAACCGAUGAUCAUCAUCAUCUUCCCUCUUCCGGCGCUGCGCCCGUGGACGAAGACGAUCCGUUCCAACAACCUACUUGA